UAUUAUUAUUAUUAUUUUCUUCAGAUUAUUGAUGGAAACUUACAAGCCCGUGUUAGUCUAGGAGGAGGAAGAGAGACACGCCUACUAAUUAAUAAAACUUGUAUCAAUGACGACAGAGGUCACAUGAUUACAUUCACUCGUAAAGAAGGAGCCAUGACCCUAAUACUAGACGAUACCUAUACAGCUAAGAACUACUUACCAACCACCAACAACAUCAGUAAUGACGUAUUGCUGGAUGUAUCCCAUCUAUCAGUGGGUGGGGCUAACACCUCUAAUGGGCGUGGCUACACUGGUUGCAUACGUAAAAUGAGAUUAGAUGGAUAUGAUAUUCCAGUUAGAGGAGAGAAUGAAGCUUACAAAGCUAACAGUGACACCAGUAUAGAACAAUGUCCUGAUAUUGAAGAACCCACUCCACCUCCAAUCAGCACCAGCCCUAUCAGCUCACUGUAUGUAGUAACUGGUCUGGCACUCCUUGGUUUAUUAUUAAUAUCAGUGUCUGCCCUGUUUGUGUGUAAGUCAACUCACUACUGGUACAAUAAGAAGAAAGGAACUGUCUCUAUCAGUGAGAGACGGUUCAUAGACUAUCCAUCUACUCUACCUUCUUCCACUGUUAGUUCUGUCGUUAACAGUAGAAGGACCUUUGGACUACAAAGUACUACCUCUUUUGAGCCACUGGACGUAACGGGUCGCUAUGGAUACGAGGCAUACCGUCCACUCUCUCCUCGACCACCUUCACCAUUACUGUUCCCACCCUCCGAACUAAAACCAUCUGUUACUGAAGCUCCACCCAUUUCUCGACCCACUAUAGCCCCUCCCACAGUACGUAAUGAUACAAGGUCUCCGUCCUCAGCCUCUGAUUCAGUAUUUGAAGUAUUUAAUGAGUACGAGUUGGGACCUGCCUCUCCGCCCCCUCGUGAUAAUAAUAAACUAGCCACACCUCCUUCUCCUCCCUCCCUCCCUCCUCCGUCUCCUCCUCCCCCUCCCCCUGUCUCCUUCCCUCCCUCUGUUGUAUCCAAAUCCUCUGAGGCCCUUGAUCCAAUGACAGGUAUGCCGGUAUCACAUGACGCCAGUCAAGAGAGUCUCACCGCCCACACUGAGGACGAUGGACGGAGUACACUGGUCGAUGGUGAGGACAUUGGUCGAUACGUUAAGAAGAGGUUAAUGUGUGCUGAUAUACUAGUUAAUGAUAUUAAUUAUGAUGCUAGUACAUCCUUUGAUACUGAGGGACCUUAUAGUCCAUUAGGAUCAAUAGGAUCACUGUAUGACAUACUCCAGGAUAAUGAUACUAAUUAUAAAUAUAAUAAUAAUGUGUUACAAGAUGAGUCUGCCCCUCGCUCUAUUAAAACUCCUCCCACUCAAAUAUCUCAUUUAUUAUCAGUUCCUACUAGUCCUACCAGUCCUAAGAGACCCAGUCCAUUAUUACAAUCAAGACAAUGGAGGGACAAUAAUGGCGUCCCUCUACCACCACCUGUUAGACCAAAACCACUGAGGAAGAACCAGACCACUUCAACUACUGAUAUUGAUGUGUCCAUUGGUGUAUCUAAAGUAGCUGUAACUGAUAGUGGAGGAGCUACUGGAGGAGCUGUACCCAGUUCUAAGGAUCUAUCAAGUUCUGCUCCUCCUCCAGUACCAGUUAAAAAACAAGCUACUAAACCUUCUCCCCUCUCUCCUCCAUUAUUUCAAGCUGUUAGGUUACAACCAUUAUCAGUAACAAGCUCCCUUCAUCAGUCAAGUAGAGACAGACCCCUCCCUCAUGGACCCAGUGUUGCUCCUUCCACUGAUAAUAAACGUGUUCUUGUUCCUGUCAAGUUUUCAUCUCCCAAGAGGUCAUCAGGUGAUACAGUAAAGACUACAAGAGGAGGUGGUUCCUCCAUACAAAACAGAGCAACUCAGAGAAUGAACAACUUUACUGGUGAAUUCAAUACAUCACAAGAGAGUGAUGUAUAACAUUAUACCAGUUUGUAUGUUCUAUUGUAUACACACAUUAAUUUUAUUGUUGUUAAUCAAGUUAU